UCCAGGCCCUUCAGCACUGGGCCAGCUCCAGCACCAUGGCUUUCUCCUGGCAGGCAGUGCUGGCCUGCAGGAAAUACCUCAUCAUCGUCCUGGUACCCCUGGUGUUUCUCCCUCUGCCCCUGGUUCUGCCCACCAAGGAGGCACUGUGUGGCUAUGUGAUCAUAGUGAUGGCACUUUUCUGGUGCACAGAAGCUCUGCCUUUGGCUGUCACAGCUCUCCUGCCCGUCCUGCUGUUCCCACUAAUGAAUAUCAUGGAUUCAACCACAGUGUGUCAGGAGUACCUGAAGGACACCAACAUGCUCUUUUUGGGGGGCCUGGUGAUGGCCAUUGCCAUCGAGACCUGGAACCUGCACAAGCGAGUGGCUCUGAGGGUCCUGCUGAUCACGGGUGUCAGGCCAGCCCUGCUCCUGAUGGGUUUCAUGGUGGUGACAGCUUUCCUGUCCAUGUGGAUCAGCAACACAGCCACCACUGCCAUGAUGGUCCCCAUCGCCCAGGCUGUGAUGGAGCAGCUGCACAAGUCAGAAGCAGAGUCUGGCACCACUGACCAGGUGUCUGAACACACCAACAAGGCCUUUGAGCUGCAGGAAAAGUCACCUGAGAGCUCCAAAGAGCCUGAGGAAAAAGGUAAUUCUCAUGUCGUGGUGAUUGAGGAAGAGAGAAAGAGAAAAGAAGAGCUUGAGAAGAAGCACUUGAAUCUGUCCAAGGGAAUGUCCCUGUGCAUUUGUUACUCAUCCAGCAUUGGAGGGAUUGCCACUCUGACUGGGACAACCCCAAACCUGGUGCUGCAAGGACAAGUUAAUUACAUCUUCCCAGACAAUGGUGGCAUCAUCAACUUUGCCUCCUGGUUCUCCUUCGCCUUCCCCACCAUGCUGGUGCUGCUGAUUUUGGCCUGGAUUUGGCUGCAGAUCCUGUACCUGGGCUUCAAUUUUAAGAAGAAUUUUGGUUGUGGUGUCAGUCCUGCUGCCAAGGCUAAGGAGAAACAGGCCUAUGAAAUCAUCAAGGAAGAGAGCAAGAAACUGGGCAAAAUGAGCUUUGCAGAAAUAGAAGUUUUAAUCCUCUUCGUUCUCCUGGUGGUGUUGUGGUUUACAAGAGAACCUGGGUUCAUCCCAGGCUGGGCAACAGUUCUCUUCAACAAAGAUAACACAAGCUAUGUCACUGAUGCUACAGUAGCCCUCUUCAUCUCAAUAUUGCUCUUCAUCCUCCCUUCUGGCUUCUCCAACCAGGACAGAGAGCAAGAGCAAACAGGGGGCAGGGCAAAGUUCCGGGCCCCUCCACCCCUGCUGGACUGGAAGGUGGUGCAGGAGAAGAUGCCCUGGAACAUCGUGUUCCUGCUGGGAGGGGGCUUUGCCCUGGCCAAGGGCAGCGAGGAAUCUGGUCUGUCUGCAUGGCUGGGCACCAAGCUGACCCCUCUGCAGAACAUCCCUCACCCAGCCAUUGCCUUCCUCCUGUGCCUCCUCAUCGCCACCUUCACCGAGUGCACCAGCAACGUGGCCACCACCACCCUCUUCCUCCCCAUUCUGGCUUCUAUGGCUGAAGCAAUUUGCCUCAACCCUCUCUAUGUCAUGCUGCCCUGCACACUCUCUGCAUCUCUGGCCUUCAUGCUCCCCGUGGCAACUCCUCCCAAUGCCAUUGUCUUCUCCUAUGGACAGCUCAGGGUUAUUGAUAUGGCCAAAGCUGGGUUUGUGCUCAACAUCCUGGGAGUUCUGACCAUCACCCUGGCCAUCAACACCUGGGCCUCAUCCCUGUUCCAGCUGCAGACCUUCCCCUCGUGGGCCAACAGGACAGGGACCUGCCUGUGACCUGGGCAGGGCACAGAGCCAGGAGUGCUCCUGUCAGAGCUGCAGGGAGAGCAGGGCUCUCACCCACACAGCUUUAGAGAAAAGCCUCUUCUGUGCAAAAGGACAAGCAAAAUCCUCCCAGUGGUAGCAGCAGUGAAAUUGCCUGGUUGCUGUUGGGUUCUGUAGGAGGAUUGAGGUGAUUUUUGGCUUUCCAGCCCUCCCGCCUUUAGGUUUUCUGCCUCUGCAGGGGUGUUUGCCCCCAGUGCUUUUCCAGUAAGUCUGAAAUCUGCAGCAAGAAAAUAAGAGAGAGGUGUGAAUAGGGAAAAGAAGGGAGAGAGACUCUGAGCUCCUGAUUUUGUGCUGUCACAGCUCUCCACCUGUAUAUGUGUAAAUGUUCAAGGUGUAUAUGAUUGUUAUAUACUCUGUGGGCACUGGCAGCAAGCUGUGUAUUGUGUGAUCACAGAAAAAGCACUGUCAGCCCCUCCUAGUUUGAAAUAUAUUUAUUUGCAGUCCCUUUGUUAGGAAUGUAAAAGAUGAAUUUUCUCCCAGAACAUCCACCCCGGUGUUAUUUAUGUCAGAUUACAGCCUGCAAGUUCAUGGUAAGGCAUUUCCUUGAAAAGGAGAGAAUCCCUGUGUCCUAAAAUAUGUAUGACUGAAUUAAAGUGUUUUUUAAUGUA